AUGAGUUGCUUCAGUGCAGCGGACAAGGGCCUCAUGACCUUUGCCCUGCCGCUAACACCAACAACCACAACAACUAAUCUGAUGACCACUACUACGCAAUACUACUACCACUCGUUCAGCUUUGUCGAUAGACGUCCAGCACCUAAAAUUCCUCCGUCCACUCGUCCGUCUCCUCUUCCAUCUUCUUCUUCUUCUUCAUCGACUUGCACUUGGUCGUCCUCGUCCGCUUCUUCUCGCCUUAAUGCAGGUACUGCGGCAGCCACAACCCAUCCGUCCCGCCUAGUUCCCGUCAAACCGGACACGUCCAGCCCCCACCACCACCGAAGGCCAUUGAAUGUUCCUCCGCCGCCUUCCCCGUCCUCUUCUUCUUCUUCUUCUUCACUGCGCAGCAGCUCAACCGACGCUAAGUCUUACCUGAAACCUACCAAGGCUUCCUCGCUUAAAGCCCCUGGCACCACCACUACGAGAGCCAACAACAUUUCAUUCUGA